GUACCCCUAGGCGGCUGAUGUUUGCGUGACAGGAUGUGCGGGAGCCGUGGAAGAGGCGCGUUUGGGCGUUACGAUGAGGACUUUUCCUUUGUCAGCCCUGUGGUCAAAUAUCUGCUCUUCAUAUUCAAUUUCAUCUUCUGGAUCAUCGCCAUGGCGAUGAUAGGAAUUGGGGUGUACGCUCGCGUCGUCAAGCAUGCAGAGACAGCACUGGCGUGUCUCGCCGUGGAUCCGGCCAUGAUGCUGCUGGUGGUCGGCGUCCUGAUGUUUAUCAUCACUUUCUGCGGCUGCGUGGGUUCGCUGCGGGAGAACAUUUGCCUGCUGCAGUUUUUCUGCAUCAGUCUGACAGUCAUCUUCCUGCUCCAGUUGGCUGCUGGUGUGCUGGGUUUCAUCUUCUCAGAUAAGGCCCGAAACAAAGUGACUGAAAUGGUCAACAACGCCAUCGUGCACUACAGAGACGACAUCGACUUGCAGAACCUCAUCGAUUUUGGCCAGAAAGAAUUUGGCUGCUGCGGAGCUGUGACGUACACUGACUGGUCCAAAAACAUGUACUUCAACUGCACCGACAACAAUCCCAGUCGGGAACGCUGCUCUGUCCCUUUCUCCUGUUGCAUCAGCACCAAUGACAAGGUGAUUAACACUAUGUGCGGUCAAGGAGUGCAAUUACUGGAAUACAUCGAAGCCUCCAACGUCAUCCACACCAACGGUUGCAUCGACAAAGUGGUGGACUGGAUCCACAGUAACCUGUUCCUGCUGGGAGGCAUCGCACUGGGGUUGGCCAUCCCUCAGCUGGUGGGCAUCCUGCUGUCCCAGAUUCUCAUCAACCAGAUUAAAGAUCAAAUCGAGCUGCAGAACUACAACCUCAGGCACCGCGCCGACCCCUGGAGAUGACCAAUCGGAGCGACUUGUCAUGCACAUGUGACACCAGCAAGAUUUUGUGCCCCUAAAUGUAACCCCUACCCCCCAAAAGGAAGCAUAUGCAAAUCCAGGUUGUCCAACAAGUCAGAAUAAGAAUCAGCUUUAAUGGCCAAGUAUGUAACAACGCACACGGAAUUUGUCUUCGACAAUCGGUGCCGCCCUGGCCAAUAUACUUCAUAAGGUCAUCAGGACUUGACAGUUUAACUCCAGCACUUUUUCUUUUCAUCGGCAGUUUGAGAAGGUACAAUUUACCCUUUCUAUGGAUAAAAACGCCGUACCUGCAUUAGUGCAACAUCUCUCCAAAGGGUUGCGUCCACAAAAGCUAAAUUCAGCGGAUGCUUUAGACGGUUAUAAAGCUUCGCCCGUCUGACUUCAGUGGAUAGCGUAAAUUUGAUAAAUGGGAUAAAACUUCACAAUGUGAACUGCAUUUAAGGACAAAAAAAAAAAAAUUAAAUUGCUCAGGAAUUAUUAUGCUAUUCCGCUGCUCCAAUGGCAAAUAUGACGAGCCAUGGACAAAUAAAUGAUGUGCUUACUAAAACUGCAAAGCCUAAAGUGUCAAAUGCUGAUGGCCUGACAUCUGUUUGUGUUACUAAAGACAAAAUUCAAAACUGCCAGAGUAUUUAGUGACAUUUGGGACAUGACAAUUCAAGAAAAACUAGAAUACUCUAAAUCUAUCAUGUGGCUUUUUCAAUAUCAAAUGUGUUUUCUGCAAUCCAGCACAACAGAUCGAUACAAAUGAUUGUUUUCCUCGCAGCGUCACAUGUUUACUCCGCUGCUUUAAAUUUAAAAUGGCUCACACUGAAAGUUUUUUUUUCCCCCCCCUACCACAGCGCGAUCUUCUGGAAUUGUUCGGUCACGAGCCCACUUGCCUUUGACCCAAAAUCGCCACUGCGGUUUGUGAAAGUAAGGAAAAAAUGUAAUUUUUUCAUACUUUCAUCCGUCUCGGGAUCCAUCCAAGUUUUUAUGCGUAUGUGUUGCAAGUCUAUGGGAAUUGAUUUUAUGUGGGUGCAGUAUUAGCAGUGAUGCACUAGCAAGCACAUGUGCAUGUGUGUUAUGUUGGCAUCCAUAAUGUUGCACAUGUGCACAAAGGGACUGAGUUAUUUUUUUGUUUGAUAGAAAUUAUCUUUUGCCAACGGCGACGUUACCUAGUCAAGAUUUGAGUUGCAGCUGCUGCUUUUUAUUUCAUGUUACGUGAGUAUUUUUAGACUUAGUAUUCUACCCUCUCUUACAAUUCUAAAUAAGUAUAUUUAAGUCUUUUACUGUGCCGUGUGACCGCCAAAAAAUUGCCUUGGAGUGACGGAAAGCCACCAAAAAGACCUGCGCGUUUCUUGACUGAAUAAACUUGGUUCACUUUA